GACUCGAUAUCACUUGCUCUUCCCCAUCCCCCCAAGUCCCCCACGCACAUCCACCAUGGUGUGGCUUCCAUAUCUCCUGCUGGGCUCGACAGCUGCCGUGGCCUUCCCAUUCCGACUCCCGUUCAUGGCCCAGAAGCCCUUGGAAGCGCCUGCAACUACACCACCGACAUCGGGGCUGGAUGCAACGCUCCCCGAAUGCCAUACGCAUGUGUCACCCCCGCCACCUGUCCCCUCGUCAUGGAAUUGCACCAUUCUCGCCUGGGUCCGCUCCCCAGACCUGGUGCCGAACACCAUCGUACCUGCCGACGUUCGAAUCUCGGCCAACGGCGUUGGCUGCAAAGACAUUGUCGACUGGAGCGUCGGCCUGGUGUUCAAGGAGCGCGCAAGCUCAAAGCUGAAGUCUCCCAACAUUGGCCCUGCGCCAAAGAGGCCUCGGCACGAAGAUUUCAACCACACGACCGCUACAAACCCCCAGUCAGAUAUGUUAGGUGGCUACUCACCGUUCGGAGGAGAGGAUCCCUUCAGCCAAGCCAUGAUAGCGUACUACCAGGAGCUCCAGAGUCCAUUGAGGUGGAAGUUGGAAGGUGUAGAACGGCCAGUCUUCGACACCAACCUCACCCUCGAAAUCUCGCCGGAGAGCUGGCUCGAUGGAGAAUGGCUCGACUCAACAUCGUCGUUCUCGGUCGUCAUGCCAAACACCAACCAUGUGUGGUUAGAGACUCUCCUCGAGUACUAUGUCAUGGCCACGCAUCGUGAUGGUUCAAAGGCGUACAUUCCUGCAGGAUAUACAGCCUUCACACCCAUGCAAUCGCCGACCUCGCCGAUCAAGAAGCAUCUCCCAGAGUCAGACUGGCCAAAGAAGCUCGAUUUGGUCUCGCCUCGGUCCAACUCGACUGACGUCGAUGAACCCACCGGCGAGACCAACGGGUCCUCUCCAGACAUUCGAUUCGAGGAAGGUCCCAUUGCUCCGCCAGCACCACAAUGCGACGUGGGCAACUUGGCGCAGUUCCACAUUUCCUUUGCAAAGGCUGACACGGAGGAGAACAUAGUUCAAGGACGCAACACCACGCUCAAUGUCACUGUCACUCGCGCCGGCAACGGAUCAGAGUAUCCCAUGUUCUUGUCUUUCCACCAUGUCACUCUCAACACGUACCCUUGGCUCAUCAACAAGAUGGACGAGGACGACAUCAAGAGUCUCGGUGUGGCCCUGGGUGCUGGCCAGACCAACAGUCGCCACUGGUCCGAGGCCUCUCAAAUGUUAAUGGCGCCUGACGAGACGGCGCAACCGGUCAAGCAGCCUCGCGGGGUCAUUUUCCGCGGUCAGUCACCGACCCAGUAUCGGUUCAAGGAGCCAAAGGAGGUGUACGAGUUUCAAAUCUCCGUCCCGAUACGCCGAGACGACGUACCCACGUUUGACAAGUCGUUCGUAUCCCUCCGCUCGGCUCUUGCCUUCUCACUGAAAACCUACUUUGCUUGCGAGCCAGAGGUUGAAACUCGUAAAGAGCGGGAUCGCCUGACAUAUGGCGGCGACCCGGCUCCACGUGUUCAGAGUGAUGCCGAGAAGGCUGCGCUGGCUCUGGAUAGCGAGUGGGCAGAGGACUACUCCGACAAACGACCACCCGGCUUUGCCCGUCGCCUUAAGGACGGUCGUGUGCCGCGAUUUACUCACUCGGGGAUCGUGUCGCUUGAUGUGUUGUCCGCCGCCACAUCCGAGUCCGAGCUGCUCCACUAUCAGGACGAGGGUGCACAGGCACCUGUUCUGGUUCAGGGAAGGGUUGUUGAACUCGACAGAGCUAUCACGCACCCGCCACUGUGCUUCAUGUUCCGGUCCGAGGCGAAACACGAGCUGCACACAAGCCGAUAUGCCCACAACCACCGUUACCCUGGGCGAAUCGGCGGCCAGCAUUCCUAUGCUGCUCGAAUGUGGCGCACAUUUCAGAGGGCGGGCCAGGUGGACGAGGAUGAGGAGCCAGCCGACGACGACCUCGGGUCCUGGAUCCACCACAUGGUCGGCUUGGAUUGAAAUUUUGAAACCCAUCCUUCAAAGUGAAGAGGCAGAAACAGCUAUGGAUAUGUAUCGGCGUCGCGAUGGACAAUGACACCUUCGGCGCCUCGCAUUGUUCGCUUGCUUCCUCUACAUACUACAGAACAGGCCAGCGCUCGACCCCAUGAUACACCCCUAUCACCCCCUCAUGCCACUUUGUCAAACUCGGCAAAGCUCAACUUCAUUCGCUCCAUCGCAUUUGCCAUGUGAAUGUUCGCCGACAUGCCCAUGCGUUGACCUUUCCUGAAGUCGAAUGCCGCUUCAGCUCCAGAUGCCGUGUUGUACUCGCUAUACCCGGGGCCGCUGUAUAGGUAGUCUGUUCCACCAGCUGCGCCAAUAAUGUUAUCGCCCAUUUUUCCCAUGAGGCCAAACUGCAUCUUGGACAUGGCCCGCUGGUGUUCUAGCGACGCCAUUCGGACUUCGUGCUUGCUCUUCAUGAUGGUGUUGGCGUAGACUUGCUCGCGCACCGUGGCGAAGUUUAAGAGCUCGGUGAGCGUCAUGGAACCAAGGCAUGUCUGCCACCAGAGUCCGCGCAUGCGAGGAGUCCACAGGGCGCAGAUGACGGCUUGCUCUAGAACCACCCCUCGAAUGGGUGCUUGGGCGGCCAGUGGACUCGCCACGGCGAAUGCCUCCCAGCAUUGAGGGCAGAUGUGUAGUUGGUCCCAGCCGUACCAUGUGGCUCCCGUGGGGUGUUCGAUCAAGGGGCAGGCGGGGAGGCUUGUGAUGCGCCUUGCGAAGUUGUCAAAUCGCCACAGACCGAGAUUGACGCUUUCGCGCAACAUGCUCAGAAGGGGACCACUGGUGUGGAGAGGGAAGCCAAGAUCACAGAUGCCUGUUCCCCCCAGAGGUACGCGAGUAAAGAAGGGCUGCAGGCCCAAAGGCUCGAUGUUUCGGGUCGCAC